AUGGCAACCGCAAGCAUUCAAACACCACGACCACCAACACUUCCGGCACCAGUGACAUCCUCUUUCUCAAGCUCACGACCAACAUACACUACAGCUUCUGGACAACUAAACACUCAUAACAACGACAACAAUCCUCCACAAACAAACAUAUUCUCAGCCGGGAUUUUGAUCGCUUCGUUUCUCCAAUUUCUCGCGCGCGAAUUAAACCUCGCGUUGUCGUCAAGAAUCACACCACAAGAAUUAGCGGGACUCACAUUGUGUGAUAACUCAGAGUUCGAUCGUUGGAAUGACGGAGUGUUCUUUCAGCAGAACAAGGAAAAUUUUGUGCAAUUCCCGUCUUAUGGGUCGACGACGAAUUAUUGGACGACGAGAAUGGCAACAUCGUCGUCGCCGACCGACCUCGUAAAGAGUGAUUAUUCGUUGAAUGCUAGUAAUAGUGGGUGGGAUGCGUUGUUGAGCGAAAUACCUGAAGCU